CUCUUCUCUGGGUAGUGAUUUCACCUGCGGUUGGGGAAGAUGCAGCUCAAACCCAUGGAGAUUAACCCCGAGAUGCUGAACAAAGUGAGUGGCGUCUCGUACAGCUUCAGUCCCAUCCCCCCAGGGGCGCUGUGGCGGAGGUGCCCACCUGCUCCGGUGGUUUCACAGGGACUUAACGGCGCCCUGCAAGCUCCAGAGGAGCGGGGCUGGGGCGCGGUCGGGACGCUCUUCUUCUGCCCCCAGCACGGGGGCGGGGGUGGGAUGCUGGUGGAGGAGGAGGCUACGCCCAGAGUUGAGCGCCCCGUGGAGCUCCCGAGGGCGUGGCACGGGCCGCAGGACUCCGGUGCCCGAGCUUCGCGGGAGCCACGUGUGGACCUCGCUUUGUGCUGUGUCAUUGCGCUGUAGAGGUGGGGAACGGGGCGGAGACUCCUAGGCUCAGAUGGGGACUCCUCCCAGCCUUAGCGGGCGCGCGGAGGGUGCAGAGUAUGCCCCGCCCUCCGGCACGUGCCCACCACUUGCGUGUCUCCCGGAGCCUGGCCGCCUUGUUUCCUCUCCGCAGGUGUUGGCCCGGCUGGGGGUUGCCGGCCAGUGGCGCUUCGUGGACGUGCUGGGGCUGGAGGAGGAGGCUCUGAGCUCGGUGCCUGCGCCGGCCUGCGCGCUGCUGCUGCUGUUUCCACUCACCGCCCAGCAUGAGAACUUCAGGAAAAAGCAGAUCGAAGAGCUGAAGGGACAAGAAGUCAGCCCGAAGGUGUACUUCAUGAAGCAGACCAUUGGGAACUCAUGCGGCACCAUUGGGCUCAUCCACGCAGUGGCCAAUAAUCAGGACAAACUGGAAUUUGAGGAUGGGUCAGUUCUGAAACAGUUUCUCUCGGAAACGGAGAAGUUGUCCCCUGAAGACAGAGCAAAGUGCUUCGAAAAGAAUGAGGCCAUUCAGUCCGCCCAUGACGCUGUGGCACAGGAGGGCCAGUGUCGGGCAGAUGACAAAGUGAACUUCCAUUUCAUUCUGUUUAACAACGUGGACGGCCACCUCUAUGAACUUGACGGACGAAUGCCUUUUCCAGUGAACCAUGGCACCAGCGCGGAGGACUCCCUGCUGCAGGAUGCCGCCAAGGUCUGCCGAGAAUUCACUGAGCGUGAGCAAGGGGAAGUCCGAUUCUCCGCCGUGGCCCUCUGCAAGGCUGCCUAAUGCCCCGUGGGGAGGGACUAAGCUCUUUUCCCCUCUUUCCUUCAACAUCAAAAUAUGUCCCUACCAAUGCAGUCUUCAAAAUGCUUUAGUCCUUGUAGAAAACAGCUGUUCCCCUUUGGUUCUGUAGCUGUACUCCCCCUCAGCCACACCCAGGCGCUAGCAGAGCUCAGCUGUUGACCGAGCAGGUUGGUGUAAGCUUCAGACCGCGAAGCAUCUCCCGCACUGUGUGUCUCGUACUUCAAUAUCUCAUGCUUUAAAUGGCUACUUUGGUUUGUGUCUGUAAGGUAAGGCCUUGGAUGUGGUAUAACUUGUUUGUCCUUAUAAGUAAUAAAACUUUUCUGCUGAUAAGAGAGAA